AUGGCUGUAGUUACUCAAGACAUCAAAAUAUCAUGUCAUAACAGUGUUAUCAAGGGCCAUGGUGCCAAGUCCAACGACGGCCAUCCAUGGAGAAACUGGAAAAUAACGCUGGUUGCCAUGGAUGGAGAACGAGAGGUCAAGGGCAAACUGGCCUUGAUUCUGGACCACGUUGAGUACAUUCUUCAUCCCACAUUCGAAGAGCCACGCAGAGUCAAGAAAGAGGAACCUUACGUUUUGCAGGAAAAGGGAUGGGGAGAAUUCGACAUGCGAGUCGUCUUGUACUUUACAGACAACAUCACUGAUCCGCAGGUGCUCUUGUUUGACUUGAACUUUGCAUUAGCAUCUUAUUCCAUUACACACAGCAUCGAGUUUCCCAAUGCAUCGCCAGAGCUCGUUAAAUUACUGUCCAGAGACCCUUCUUCAGCAUCUGCUUCCGCCGCAGCGUCAGUAGCAUCAACGCCUCGUAAAGGAGGAAAGAAACCUGCUCCCAGCACUUGCACCAGUGAAAUCAGACAAGCGAAAAAGAAGCCCCUCAGUUCCAGUCCACACAGCAAAACUGCCAAAAAGGCGAAACCAGACACCAAAUACACCGCAUCUGUUUCGUCCAAGAAAUCAAGGAAAUCCUCUACAUCCUCCUCUUCACCUGCACCUGUGUUUGCCCAUGUAGGGGCAGCAGCAGCUACACCACAAUCUCCUGUCUAUGACCAACCAUCCCCCUCCGAUUACUCUACCCAUUCUUCACCGUCCCUCAUUGCCACAUCCACACCGGAUCGUCCCCCUGAAGAAGAAGAAGAAGAAGAAGAAGAAGAAGAAGAAGAAGAAGUUGAAGAAGAGCCGACGAAAGCAAUGCACAGCCGGCCUUCCUCAGACAGUUCUUCCAAUCGACUCAUUGAUCACACGUACAAAAUAGCAGAUGUCUACAACCUAAAUCCGAUUCAUCAUGCCAAAUUAGACAAGCUGUUACGAGAUAAAUGGGAUAUUCCAGAUAUUAAUAUGAUGGAAUUAGCGAAAAGAAUAUAUAGAAUGUCACCAGAACAGACGACAGAAUUUAGAAGCUUAAUAUUUGACAAUACACCAGAGGGCAUGAAGACGGUGAUUGAUCCAGAUGGCAAUGUAGGCAUCGACCUCUAUUCACUGGGAAAACCGCUGUUGGAGAAAUUGUGGGAUUUUUUAGCAGACAUGGCAUCCGAUGACAAUGAAUCGUUUACAUCACAAGAUCACCAUGAAAGCGACCUGGAAUUUGACAGCGAUGUUGAGUUGGGAGAAUACAAAAGCGACGACAAUGGCAACAGCCAUUACACAGACAUGAAUGAGCCUGGCUAUUUUCAUCAAAGUGACAUGGAAAGCGAUUACACGGAUCCACAUACCAACCACAAACAAACCAAUGGGUAUCACCCUUAUGCACACCCUGCUGCUGCUACUGAGAAUGGAUACCACGAUAAUUCAGACAUGGAUAUACAGGACGAUGAUGAUUACUGA